UCAACUUUCAGCUUUAAAGUCUGACCACUAGAGGGCGCACACUAUUUUGUAGCUAUUAUCAAAUAGAUGCUUUGUCCUUCAGCUAUACAUUACAAUACCGAAAGAACCAUGUACUUUCCAUUUACCUUGUUAAUCCUCUGUUUUGGGUAUGUCUGGGCGUAUUGAUCUAAAUAAUACUCACUUUGAAAAUUAUAGUAUUUGUAUCAGAUCAAUGCUGUUGUGAUGAGGUUCAUACUUUUGUUUUGGUUUCUAUUCCAUAUGUCCAGCAAAUUACUUGAAUUUCCUCAAGAGAUGCAACAAUUAUAAUGGCAAAUAUCAAUAGCUUACAUUUUCAAUCUGAAAAUAUGUUUUCAUACAUUUGUACUCUUUGCACUCAAAAAGUCUGUUUUCUUCUGAAUACAAUCGGUUUUAGCGGUAUCGGCGAUAACCUACGGUAUAUUAUUCAUUUUGUAUCGGAUAUUUGUCAAAUUGUAUUUCUAGAAAUAUGACCGAGUGAGCGCUGUUACCAGCAAACUAUCUUUGAAAUGUUCUACGGUAACCUUGACAACGAGAAUUUAGGCAGUUAGGCGAAAGUAAACGCUCAUGAGCUCUAUCUGAAUGCUUUGUCCUUUGGAAGACUUCUUCUAGCCAAAUACAGCAAAUUAUUGCUGUUAAUUUUUGUAACUUUACAAACAGCACUCUAGCUGACGCAUGUUGUAAGGAAAGUACAUAAACCAGCAAGUGAAAACCAGGCUAUUUUCUCAAUAGGUGUUUUGAGUAUUUUGACAAAAUGCCCGGAUUCUUCCAGAUGUUGAUGAAGAGGAAGGAGUUGAUUCCUAUUGUGGGAUUCAUGGCUUUUGCUGCAACAGGAUCAUCUUCAGUCGCUAUCUAUUUUCUGUUCCACAAGAAUGAUGUGAUUUUGAACAGGACUUCAAAUCCAGAACCAUGGGAACGAGUGAACCCAUCAAAACCCCAAAAGUUUGUCACCAUCAAUCAGAAGUGGAAACCAGUGGAAAGUCUGGAAAUGGUGAAGUCCAUGACCAAAGACAAAUGAGGAGCAUGCAUCAUUUCUGAAGUUGUUUUUGUUACUUUUGGCUGACCACAGCUUGAGAGAUGAUUUUUUUAUUGUUAUUUUAACUGUUUAAUUUUACUGUCAGAUGCCUCAGAUACAAAUAUGUAUUGCUGUCUGAAUAUAAAAAGUCAUAUACCCAGAGUACUGCACUAUAUAUUUUCAAUAAAGCUGAGCUUUUAUGUGGCUUAGAA